AUGCUGCUCGCCUCAUCCUGGCUCAACCCGCAAGCCACCGACCAGUACAGCUCCACGUUUGAGGUCGUCCCGCUUCGGAUUGGACGGCUGGAACAGCCACGCUAUGGCGCCGAGCACCUCCUGAUUUGCGCCACGCCUGAGCCCGGCGGAUCGCUGCUCCCACUCUCGCUGGACUGGGACGACGGACAGCGGCUCGAGCAGGAAUUGGAGCGAGGCAGCGCGGUUGGAGCGGGCGGCGGCGGCGGCUUUUUCGGUACCGCGGCCCUGCGAGCUUCGCUCGUCUUGCGGAAGGGAAGCUUCUUCUCCGCCGCCCGUUGCGCCGCCGCCGACCCUCUCGCGGGCGAGGACCUCUCCGCAGUCAUGCUGCGCUCGCUGGCCGAGGCGGGGCUCGAGCCGAAGCAGGUUGCGCUGGCGCGCCCCGGCGGCGCAGGCGCAGUGCGAUAUAGAGACAUGAAGGCGAACACGCCGGCCGCGCCGUCGGGCGUGGCGCUGCUGCCUCCCGAGGCGAGGCUGUAUUGCCGCGAGGGGAGCGGCCGAACGCGAAUCCUUCCCCUCGACGGCGCGGGCGAGGCGGUGGCGCUCGCGCGGAGGGCAGGGAUGCCGGUGGAGGUGUCGAGCGCGUUGUGGGAGGCGCACGCUGUCGCAGAGGUGGCGCUGCCCGAGCUGCGAGCAGAGACGCCCUUGUAG